AGGGCUGCCCUUUGACCCCAGUACUCAUACCUUCAACACUAAAAUGCUAUGCAUUAAAGCUAUGCAAGGAUUUAGAAAAUUAUGCAAUUCAUGUUUUUGAACCAAAUGUGAUAGUCUGCAUUCCACCUGAGGACCUAGAUAAAGUAGUUACAAUGGGAAACGGGACCAAUGAAGAAUAUUAUAUUGAAACACUAUCCAGCGGAAAAAGAGAUAAACUGCAUAAUGAGUUUCCAGGUGAGGAGUGUGAUGAACUGAAGGAAGAUGAAGACAAAAAUAGUCCUGAUAGUGAAAUGGAGAGUGAGGAGUGUGAAGAAAUUGAUUACGGGUCUAAUGGACAUGAGAAAAAAUAUAAAUCAAUGGAUGGAAGGACAACCAUGUAUGCAGUUGUUAUCUUGCAAGACUCAGAUGAGUUGUUGGUGGCACCAACAAACUGGUUGAGCGAAGACAAGAAACAGUGUUACUGGCCCCCAUUCAAAUCACCAGAGAAGUGCAUGGAAGCUGUUGAGAAACGUCUUGAGCCUUCAACAGGAGGGAAACCAUGGGAGAAAUUAGCUAUUCUGUUUCGAUCAGAAUAUGGCACUUAUGAGCAGGCCAAGGAAAUGCAAGCAGAAAUGAGUGAGCAGAAAGAACAGCCAUCACAGUCUGCUCUGUCAGGAAUUUUCUCUCAUGGUACUAAGAGAAAACUUGAAACAUGUGAUUCACAUACCAGUGCAAAGUUACAUCCAGGCAAGUCAGGAAACCCAUCCUUUAAACAGAAUACAGAUAUGUUCAUAUUGAAGAGUGCGAAGCAGAUCAUGAUGGAAGUUAAAAUUAGAAUUCAAAAUAUUAACAGCACAGACCAAACAUCAAUUGAACAAAAAAACAACAUAUUAGAUGCCAUUGCAAAAAUGGACAAGAUGGAUAAAGACCAAAGAAGAAAGGAAACCAUAGGUGUUUUUGGAAAGACAGGACAAGGAAAAAGCUCCCUAUUAAAUGCAAUCUUGGGAUUAAAUUAUUUCCUGCCAUCUGGUAGUUUUGGUGCCUGUACAUCUGUUGUAACUCAGGUGGAAGCAAAUCUGAUCGAUUCCAACUACACAGCAGAGAUUGAACUCAUCUCUAAAGAGGAAUUGGAAAAUGAGAUUACUUCAACUGACAACAGGACUGAAACGGUUAUAGAAAGAAUCACUGCACUGUAUGGAGCUGAUGCAGUUAAGAAAACACUGGAAGAACUGAAGAGAGAUGACAAAUAUGCCAAAAUUGAUAACUUUUUGUCUACCACGAAAAAAACUAUUUCAACUGAAGUCUCCAAGGAAUUUACCAAUGUUGUUGCUCAUUUCAUAAAACAUGGUGACUGGUACUGGCCUCUUGUGAAAAGUGUGACAAUCAAGAUACCAAACUGUUGUGAACUCCUGGAACACAUUGUGCUUGUUGAUCUUCCUGGGACUGGAGACUGCAACAAAAUUAGAGAUGACCUGUGGAAAACUAAACUGAGAGAGUGCUCUUCUGUGUGGAUUGUAAGUAAUAUCAGUCGAGCUAUUGAUGACACAGACCCCUGGAGUAUAAUACAGCACUGCAUUCAAGACCUGGGACCAGGAGGAGAGUGCAGAAACAUUGACUUCAUCUGUACUAAAACUGAUGACAUUGAUCCGGAAGAAUAUAUAGGAUCUGUACCCCACCCUGAAGAACAAAUGUCUUUAGACAAGAACCCAACAUGGUGCAUAAUUCACAGGAACAACCGUGCAAAGGAACUUGUGAAAAAUAAGUUUAAAAAUCUUGAAAUCAUGAAAUCAAAAGCCAGAUUCAUUAUUGACGUCUUCACUGUCAGCUCCAAGGCAUACUUAAAUAAAAUUCCACAUCUGGAACCUGCUGAAACAGAAAUCAAAAAGCUGCAAGACUUUCUGAAGAACACUAACAGGAGAAUUAACCGAGAACUGACCAGAGAUUAUGUCAAUGAAGCAAAGGGAGUUUUGUCUUUCAUUCAAAGUGUCCAACUAGAUACAGAUGAAAAAAUGGUGGAGAAAAAAGCUGAAGUCCAUGAAGCUUUGCUGAAGAAUCUAGAAGAGGCACUGAAGGAGUUGGAUUGUCAGUUGGAUUCACUUUCUAAGAUUUUGGAUCAAUGUCUCUCCAAAGGAGUGGAAGAAUCAGUGGAACAGUGUGUUAACACUAAAAACUCCAUGAUUGCAUCUGUUGCACCUCCUGAUAAAAGGGGAUUCCAUAGAACCCUUCAAGCAUUGUACAAGAACAAAGGAUUCUACUGGCCAAAGAACAGGGAUAAACCGCUAGAUCUAAACAUGUGCUUGGCCAAACACAUGCACGACAACAUCUUUGAGAAAUUUAAUUUAAUUUUUCCUGUUGAUGACAAUAUGAAAACAGGAAAAUCAGUGCAGGAACAGAUUGAUAAAUUCAGUAUCAUCCGAAGUGGCAGUGCUUACUCAUCAUCUUCCAUGCUAUACCACAUGGAAAACUUCAUCAAAACAGAGGAAACCAAAGUGAAGGCAAUGCUCAAAAGAGAAGUUGUUGUGAGAAAGAAGAAAAUCCACUCAUCAAUAGAAACAACUAUUCAGAAUCGAAUGACUGCUGGCUAUGAGCAAGCUGCAAAGUUGAAAGGAGAUAAAGCAAUGGAGAAGAGGGAGAAUAAAAUAACAGAAACAAUUGAAUUGUUAAAACACAGCAUGUUCGAAGAUGCAAAAAUGGAAGUUCUGAAUCAGUUCAAGGAUUUAAAGGAGCAUAUAUGCAAGACCCUUGAAUCUGAGCUCAAGAGAUCAGUGGAACGCUCACUUUCACAAACCAGCAGAACCCCUCUGAUUGAUGUCACUGGAAAGAUUGAAUGGUUGGAGAGUCUGUCAAAGUCUAUCAUCUGACUCAUCGUUUAAAAGCAGCAUCUCAGCAUUUUUCAGUGAAAGUUAUUUUUAAGAUAAAUUUAUUUCUAUUAUAAAGCAUGCUUAAAGCUCUAUUAUUAUUAUAAUUAUUUCCAGUCAUUUAAAUUGUUUGACUAAACGUUUGAUUGUGUAACUAAUCGCAUAAGAAAAACUAUUUUUAGGUGUAGACUAUUGCUGUUAUUAAUGAAUACAACUAAACGUAGGCUGAAGUAGAAUAUGUUAGUCGUUGGGUCAGUGCACUCUAAAAAAUAUUGUGUAGUUCAAACAAAAAAAAUCAACACAACAGUUUGCAUCAAUAUAUUUGCGUUAUGACAACUUCUAAUAACAUUAAGUUCAGCCAACAAACAAUAUUGAGUUAGACAAAUUACCUUUUACUCUUUAGACAGAUGUAUUUUUAAGUAGCAUAAACUCUAUUUUUUUAUGUUGAGUACUUGAAAAAAUUAAGUUGUUUCAACUAUUUUUUUUACAUAAAUUUGAAAAUAAAUUCAGUGUUAUGUACUUAAUUACUAUAAUCAUAAAUGCAAGUUUUCAAGUUCACAACCUAUAAAAAAUUGAGUUGCUUUAAUUGUUUAGCUUUUUUCUUCUUCAUGUUUUUGUUCAUUCAUUUAGUUGCUUGUAAGAAAUUAAUUCAUUCAACAACAAUUUUGUUAGUUAACUUUUUAUUUUUAUUUUGGACUGCAGUUUCAAAAAUUGAGUUUCAAAAUUUUGCACUUUGCACAAUUUACAAAACAAAAAUGUGUGCUCCCCACAAAUUACAAACUGGCCAUACAGAUUUGCCUUUAAAACAUUUGUAUGCAUACAGUUAUGCAAUCACAAUGAAUUAAUUCCAACAUAGUAAAGUUAUUGGCAUUUGCAUAUAUUUCCACAGUGUCAAACAAUCUGUAAAACUUUACAUUUUAAAACUAUUUCUUCACAGUAAACCCCAUUUUUAAAACAUCUAAGAUUGCUAUUGUCACAAACAAGCAUAUAUAAAUGCUACUGACAUUCAUAUAUUAACCUCAGUUUUUCAAGCAGUAUGAAAUAUAACACAAAGAUCAGCCUACGGGAAAAAAAAAAUAAAAAUUGAUUUGUUUCCUCUGGAACAAGUAGACAUUUCAGAAAAUACUGUUCUUCAGACGCAUUACUUUUGCACUGGGUUUCAGUCCAUCAAGUUCAAGAAACAGCUUCUGAAACACUUCACAGGUAUAUUUAAGUUCCUCUGGGUAACUCAUAUAUUAUGCCCAUCAGCAGAGCAUAGCACCUUGAGAUAUCCAUUCCAUUCUGGAAUUUGAUGCCCUCAACCACAAUGGUUGCCGUCUUGUGGUCAAAUCCUGAAGUAGGUUGAUCACCAAUGAUGGCAAUUGUCAUCACUUCAUCGUCUUUCAAUGUCUUCCUCAAACUCUUGUGUGCCCUUGUAAAUCAAGAGAAAAUAUAGGUAGCAUGUUAGAGCUAAUGAAUUGGAUUAUUGAUUUUUUAAGUAAAUCAAUUCAUUUAAUCAACUUUUUUCUAUUUUAACUUUAAAUCUAUUUUAACUAUUUUUAUUUUAUUUUAAUGACCAUGCACCUAGUUACUCAAAGGGCCAAAAUAGGUUGCAUCGAUAAGUAACGAUCAAAAAUAUUUUAUCAUAAAAAUAAUAGUAAGUUUCAUGAAAUAAUUCAAAUGGUUAAGUGAAAAGCAACAGCCAUACACAUUUUUACAAGUCUUUUUUUUUCCAUAAAUCUCUUUAUUAAAAUAAAUAGCCCAUCAUUAUGAUAUCACUGACCUGGGUAGACCCAGUGUGUGGCCAGUGUAAUAUACCUAAAAUAUGAACUGAAAGAGAGCUGUGCAGGAGCAUGUUGUUGCCCUGUGUGUUUACACUGUGCCAAGUGAAGAUUUAAUUUUAUUUUCAAAAUGUUGUAAUACUCACAGCAAACUCCUUGAAAAGGUCCUCUUCUUACUCUCCAAGAUAGACAAGGCAGGGGAUAGCUACUUCUCUCCAUAUUUCAAUUGUUUUGUGCCAUUUAAUAAAAAUGAAAAAAAGAAUAAAGAGAAAGUGCCAACACUAAAUAAAUAUACUUUAAUCUGAACAAGUGAAUGACAAUAACUUGACAUUUUAAACACAAAUCUAAAUUAUUCUAGUGUGAUGGUCUAAAUAAUUUACAAUACCUUGAGAAGCAUGUCCCUGAUCUUUCUGAUUCUUUCAUAAAGGUGGCUUCAAGACUUACAGUGGUUAUUCUCUUCAAUUCUUAAUUUAUCUGUAUAAAACAGAAAUGGUAGAACAUUUCAUAUGUAACAUCAAAUUACAUGUAAUAUGUUCUUAUACAUUAAAUAAUACUGUGUUCAGCCCUGUUCUCAGUACUUUUGUAAUGCAAAAUGACCAUGGUAUAGCCUGUAAUGUUUUAGCAAUGCUAUUUGUGAAAAAAAAAAAAAAACCUGCCUCAUACUAUCUUUUUUACAGAGAUCAAAAGUCUGUUAAUGUUGGUCAAACAGCAAACUGCCUACAAUAAAUCUUGAAUGCUA